UUGAUUUUCUCUCCAUUUUCUUCUCUUUCUCAUUUUUGCACUAAUUCUCUCACUGCUUUGAUCCCCCUUUCCUCUCACUUUACUGCUUUGCUUCCCUUUCCCUUCUCUUUCCCUGCAUUAUUCUCACCCUCGUUCUCUUACUCUGCAUUGUUCUCACCUUUGUUCACUCUCUUUCCCUGGUUUACUCUCCCCUUUCUUAUUUCUUUCUCUGCUUUGCUAUUCACCUUACUCUCUCUUUCUCUAUAUUGCUCUAAUUCCUCUCUAUCUCAUUGUUUCUUUCUCAUUUUUCUCUUUGCUUCUUUCCCUCUCUCUAUUUGCUUCUUUCCCUCUCUCUAUUUGCUUCUUUUCCUCUCUCUAUUUGCCUUUCCCUCUCUCUAUUUUCUUUUGCUUCUUUCCCUCUCUCUAUUUUCUUUGCUUCUUUCCCUCUCUCUAUUUUCUUUGCUUCUUUCCCUCUCUCUAUUUUCUUUGCUUCUUUCCCUCUCUCUAUUUUCUUUGCUUCUUUCCCUCUCUCUAUUUUCUUUGCUUCUUUCCCUCUCUCUAUUUUCUUUGCUUCUUUCCCUCUCUCUAUUUUCUUUCUUCUUUUUCUCUCUCUAUUUUCUUUGCUUCUUUUCCCUCUCUCUAUUUCUUUGCUUCUUUCCCUCUCUCUAUUUUCUUUGCUUCUUUCCCUCUCUCUAUUUUCUUUGCUUCUUUCCUUCUGUCUCUCCUCUCUGCUUCUUUCCUUCUGUCUCUCCUCUCUGCUUCUUUCCUUCUGUCUCUCCUCUCUGCUUCUUUCCUUCUGUCUCUCCUCUUUGCUUCUUUCCUUCUGUCUCUCCUCUUUGCUUCUUUCCUUCUGUCUCUCCUCUUUGCUUCUUUCCUUCUGUCUCUCCUCUUUGCUUCUUUGCUUCUGUCUCUCCUCUUUGCUUCUUUGCUUCUGUCUCUCUUUUCUUCUUUCUUCUGUCUCUCCUCUUGCCCUCUUUCUUCUUCUCUUCUUUCUUUCUCUCCUCUCCUCUUUUCCCCUUUCCCUCUCUCUCUCUUCUCUUUGCAUCUUUCCCUCUCUCUCUCUUCUCUUUGCAUCUUUCCCUCUCUCUCUCUCUCUCUUUGCAUCUUUCCCUCUCUCUCUCUCUCCUCUUUGCAUCUUUCCCUCUCUCUUUGCAUCUUUCCUCUUGCAUCUUUCCUCUCUUUGCUCUUGCAUCUUUCCCUCUCUCUUUGCAUCUUUCCCUCUCUCUUUGCUUCUUUCCCUCUCUCUCUCAUUCUUCAGCUUUCCUUCAUUUUCUUCUAUUUUUCUUUUAUCAUUUCAUUCCUCCAUUAUACAUUUGUUUCUCUGUGCCCCCCUGCUUUGUUCCUCUGUGCCCCCCUGCUUUGUUCCUCUGUGCCCCCCUGCUUUGUUCCUCCGUGCCCCCUGCUUUGUUCCCUCUGUGCCCCCCUGCUUUGUUCCCCCAGCCCCCUGCCUUGUUCCCUCUGUGCCCCCCUGCCUUGUUCCCUCUGUGCCCCCCCUGCCUUGUUCCUCUGUGCCCACCUGCCUUGUUCCUUCUGUGCCUACCUUUUUUGUUCUUUUGUGCCUGUCUGCCUUGGUCUCUUUGUGCCUGUCUGCCUUUGGUCUCUUUGUGCCCGCCUGCCUUUGGUCUCUUUAUGCCCGCCUGCCUUUGGUCUCUUUUGCCCGCCUGCCUUUGGUCACUUUGUGCCCCGCCUGCCUUUGGUCACUUUGUGCCCGCCUGCCUUUGGUCACUUUGUGCCCGCCUGCCUUUGGUCACUUUGUGCCCGCCUGCCUUUGGUCUGUUUGUGCCCGCCUGCCUUUGGUCUCUUUAUUCCCGCCUGCCUUUGGUCUCUUUAUUCCUGCCUGCCUUGAUCUCUCUGUGCCCUUUUUUUCUACUUCAGACUAUUUAUAUUUAUCAAUUUCAUUUGCCUUUUUGGCAAUACUUCAGUCUUUUCUUACUUCCUCUCUUUCUCUUUUUGUCCUGUCUAGGGGCUUGGUCGACGAUUAAGUUGAAACUGCUUUCCAUCUUUCAUUUUGGUGUAGCAGCAUUCUCGUUUGCGGUCUUACUUUCUUUCUUUUCCCUUUCGUCCCUUGUUUAG